UGCCGAGUGUAGCCGAAAACAUCCGGAAGUGUAACGUGCAGGAGUGUCGGCUACGGCUGUGUAUCUCUCUCACACACACGAGCUUUUUUAGUUAGAAAACUGGCCACCAGUUACACUUGUUUCAGCCGCCAUCAUGUCCGUGUUGUGUUAUAAUAAGGGAUGUGGACAGCGAUUUGAUCCAGAAAAUAACCCGGACGAUGGCUGCACCUAUCAUCCAGGAGUCCCAGUGUUCCACGAUGCAUUGAAGGGAUGGUCCUGCUGCAAGAGAAGAACGACUGACUUCUCAGACUUCCUCAGCAUUGUUGGCUGUACAAAAGGUGCCCACAACAAGGAGAGGCCCCCUGAGCCGGUGAAACCAGAUGUGACAUCAUCAGGAGAAAAGAAAGACACAGAUGACCAAAAACCAAAGUUUAACGAGUACAUCAUCUCCGCACCAAAGCCUCAGGAGGCGAUACGCAGACCAAGUGCUGACGAGCCGAUGGCGAGAUUGCAGCAUAAAGUCUCUGCCUCUCUGAAGCAGGCUCUGGAGAGACUGAAGCUUUCUGAAAAUGCAGCUGAGAAAAAAGAGGAAGAUAAUGAUGAGAUCAAGAUCGGAACAGCCUGUAAAAACGGUGGAUGUACUAAAAGUUUCGAUGGACCUGCAAGCGAUUCGGAUGUUUGCUUAUACCACUCUGGAUUUCCUAUCUUCCAUGAAGGGAUGAAAUACUGGAGCUGCUGUAAGAGGAAAACCUCCGACUUUAACACCUUCCUCUCUCAAGAGGGCUGUACCAAGGGAACACAUAUAUGGAGGAAAAAAGAUGCGGGUAAGAAAGUGGUUCCAUGUCGGUUCGACUGGCACCAGACUGGGUCGCAGGUCAUCAUCUCUAUUUACGCCAAGAACGCCAUCCCAGAGCUAUGCUACGUGGAUGCAAACAGCACCACGCUCGACAUCCAUGUUAUAUUUGAGGGAGAGAAGGAGUUUAUGCAGAAAAUCAGCCUGUGGGGAGUGAUAGACGCGAGUAAAAGCCUAGUGAACAUGAUGGCCGCCAAGAUCGAGGUAGCCAUGAAGAAGUCGGAGCCCAUGCAGUGGGCUCGCCUGGACCUUCCUCCCCCACCCCCACCAAAGGAGAAGGAAACAGAAAAGGAGGAGACUGAGAGCGAUGAUGAAGACGAAUGAUGAGGAGUUAAAACUCUAACAGGGUGUGGAGCUGAAUCCAAGGCCACACAAUCCGAUCUUUACCUCUUGAAAGAGUCGCCUCUUUUGCAGUCAUUGAACUUUGGCCUCAACAUUACAGUGACUCCCCUUUCAUUCUUUGCAGAUAUUGGUCCUUUUAUUGGUCAAUAUAUAUGUUGGAAUGCUCCAGAUACUUCAAGUAUUUUUACAACAGUUUUUCACUGAUUCAUAAUGGGGAAAAGUCAGAUGAGACUUGUUAAUUGCACUGAAAUCCCCUGGGAAAAUAACACAAUACAGUAAGAUAUGAUUUCGGUUUGGCCAUGUUUAAUCUCUGAUCUAUAAAGCUUAUCAUGUGGACUGCUCACAUCGAGUCCACGCAAAGGACCACAGCUGUGACCAUCCUCCAUUUCCACAACGAUUGGUAAAAGAUUCAUUCCAUCCUUUAGUUUCACAAGUUGAUUAAAUUAUUUUGUUGUUUUGUCCACUAUUGUCACAUCAGACUGAAUGCUGUCUUCAUAGAUGUACAUUCCCUCAUCUGUGUGACAUUAAGCUGCUCUAUGUAGUUUGAGUAGGAAAUUUAUUCUCUAAGAUGUCCACACUUGUAUAUUAUGGAGUUUAUUCUGAAUAAAUUGUGUUACAAGAAAUACAACAGUUCCCUGGGCCUCUUAAACUUAAGUCUACCCCACAUUUGUCCAUUAUAAUUGUAGAUUUACUCAGAAUAUGUUUUUUUACAUGAUUAUACCUAAUGUAUAUUUUGUACAAGUUCUUCUUCUGAAUGAUCAAUGCUGUAUUUAUCUCCUCAUUUCUCUUCAAAGCAACCAAGCGCAGUUUUAAUGAGAAUGUACUGUAAUAUCUGAGAAUACCAAAUGACUACAGAGUAUUUUCAGAAAAGUACUGUAUUAUAUAAAUGCUAGACAGCAUGUCUCAAGGCUUAGAAUGUAUGAAUUUAAUUUGGUUGAAUGACACAAGACGUAAGGUUAAAAUGAUUAGGAAACGUAUUUAUCUUACCAAAAAUAAACUUUUGUGUUGACCUUUUCAA